ACAUGUUGCACCUCUUCAAUUUCCAACACAAUUCUCUCUCGCCCCUUUCCCCCAGAAAACCCUCCUCUUCUUCACUCGAUCAGAUCUCACCAUCACCAUGAAGAAACCAAGCUUCUUAGCAGCCUCUAUCGCCGCCGCUUCCGCCACAACUGCCAUAACUGCCUCUAAUCGCAAAAACCAAACCUCUCACCAGGAUCAUGGAGCAUCGAGCAAUUAUAAUGAAGAUUCGUCGCCGGAGAAGAAGAGUUGUUGCUCGGAGAAAUUUGCGCCAAGGUUUGAUGGAUUGAGGUUUAUUGAAACUCUGGUUUGUCUCCCUCAAUUUGACCUAACCCUCAUCCUCUCAAUCACAAAUUCCGGUGAGGGGUGGCGGUGGUGCUCCGUCAUAAUCAUAGUCUCUGAACGUUGUCGGCGAUCACCACUGAACCCGUCCCACCCGUUUCCUCCCCAAAUAUCCGACUACACCCUAAAAAUCGGAACCCAAGAAUCGCAACAGAAGAAAGAGAUUACGAACGAUGCUUCUUCGGAACCUACAAAUCAGAACCUGCAAAUCGAACCUAACUUUGUUACCCUUCUUCAUCCCCCUCUCUCUCUCUCUCUCUCUCUCUCUCUUGUAGAUCGAUCGAUACUUUCAUCUCCUUUAACAGCUUCAAGAACCCUAACCCCAGUCCUAUCACACAAGUCAUUGCAGUUGGGUGAAGAAAUCAUCAUCAACAACAACACCUACCCUGUUGCUGAUCAUAAAUCAACGACAUCAGAAGUUGAAACGGGGUUGAAUUAG